UUCAACAGCUGAAAAUAUUCCAAUAGAGGAGGUAAAUUGCAUAAAGUGUAUGUUUUAAAGUGUAACUUACUGGUGUGUAAAUUUUUAGGUAAUCCAAAUGGGUAUCGAAGUGGAAGAUGAAAGCAUGAUUUCGGAAGACCCGUCGCCUUUACGGACGACACUUGCAGAAAAUUUCACGCUCAUCUCAGACAGGAGAACACCACGGGCGAGCUUGAAAAGAAAGCGCAUGGAAGAAGACGGUGAUGCUCAGAAGAAAUUUUUGGAAAUAGCAGAAAAACAGGCAGAUGCACUAAAGAUGCUAGCCCAGUCGAGUGUAGAAACCGUAGAAGUCGCGAAACAACAAGCAGAUGCUUUAAAGAUCCUAGCCGAAAGCAGCUCUGCAAGUGCCCAGGCGAAUAAAAUGGUGGCGGAGGCAAUAGCCGUAUUGGGGAAUGGUUUAAGCGCUACCGCGGAAACAUUCAACAAUCUAACGCCAAUCAUAAGCCAAAUACUCAAAGGACAUACUCGCGCUUUUUAAAUAAGUUUUUGAUCAUAUAAUUUCACAGUUCUGAUUAAAAUUACUAAUUCUUCUUUAUCGUUUGAUUUAACAACACCAAAAUUAUUGUCGUUUAGAUUGCGAUAA